AUGAGGGCUGUGGAGGUAGCUAGGCAGCAGAUGAGGGCUGUGGAGGUAGCUAGGCAGCAGAUGAGGGCUGUGGAGGUAGCUAGGCAGCAGAUGAGGGCUGUGGAGGUAGCUAGGCAGCAGAUGAGGGCUGUGGAGGUAGCUAGGCAGCAGAUGAGGGCUGUGGAGGUAGCUAGGCAGCAGAUGAGGGCUGUGGAGGUAGCUUGGCAGCAGAUGAGGGCUGUGGAGGUAGCUAGGCAGCAGAUGAGGGCUGUGGAGGUGAGUGUUGAUGCCAGACGCCGCCACAAGGUGCAAUUUGCAUCUGAGGUAAGUAUAUCCCGCAGCGAAUAUUGCAAAGCUCAUGUUGACAUGUGCAACAAAAAGGGCUUGCCACAGACGCCCAAGAGUGGUGCCAAAUCGUGUCCGUACAAUGGCGUGGAUCACCUCUCUCACCCGCCAGAGUGGGCUACAGCUCCAGAUGAUGACAAUUCGCUGGUGUACGAGGACGGGGUGCUGGUGUCCGGGUCGCUCCAGGCGCUGGUCCAGCACGCGGUGCCAACAGCAGUCUACUACCCCGACACCGCCUACCUCUUCGCCUUCCUCCUCUCUUCUCGCCUCUUCAUCAAGCCCCACGAGCUCCUCCAGCGGGUGUGUGACGUCGGCUUCACGCAGCAGGGCCUCAGAGGCAACGACCUGGGAACUAUCAAUAAGGAGAAGCUGGGGAGGUUCGUACCCCAUAUGGUACAGCUGCUGGGGGAGUGGAGCGAGACCUUCCCAUACGACUUCAGGGACGAACGCAUGAUGGGCGGAGUGCGCACCAUGACGCAUCGCUGCAUCGCACUCGAACCCACACUCCGGCGGGACGUGACGCAGGUACUGCACAACCUGCUUAACAAGCUGACCCAGCUGGAGCGAUACGAGGAGGGUCUAGCCAAGCUUCCAGCUCCCCCACCUGCUGACUUCAUCCCUCAGCCAACGGACAUCACAGAAGUAUGCCAGAGCCCGCUGGUGAUGGCCCAACAGCUUACGCACAUCGAGCUGGAGAAGCUCUCCUACAUCGGGCCCGAGGAGUUCGUUCAAGCCUUCGCCAAAGACAACCUGGACGCCUGCUACAAGGACCUCAAGAAGACCAACAACUUGGAGUCUUACAUUCAGUGGUUCAACAGACUUUCUUACCUGGUGGCGACGCACGCCUGUACGCACGUUAAGAAGAAGCAGAGAGUGAAGGUGAUAGAGUGGUGGAUUGAAGUGGCUCGGGAGAGUUUCAACAUCGGCAACUUCAACUCCCUGAUGGGUAUCAUCGCUGGUCUCAACAUGUCCAUCGUCUCCAGACUCAAGAAGACGUGGAGCAAGGUCCAGAGUGCCAAGUUCUCGGUGCUGGAGCAUCAGAUGGACCCCUCCAGUAACUUCAGUAGCUACAGGUCUACGCUGAAGGCGGCCAUGUGGCGGUCAGCCGGAGCCGUCGACGACAGGCAGAAGAUAGUCAUCCCUUUCUUCAGCCUCCUGGUCAAGGAUCUUUACUUCCUCAACGAGGGCUGUGCCAGCAGGUUGCCUAAUGGGCACAUCAACUUCGACAAGUUCUGGCAGCUGGCUAAGCAGGUGACGGAGUUUAUGGCCUGGAAGCAGGUGACUUGUCCCUUUGAGAAGGUCCCAGACGUGAUCAAUUACAUGCAGACCACCAACGUCCUCACGGAGACAGGUUUGGCGCUGGCAUCGUUCGAGUGUGAAGGGCCAGACAACAGCUACGAGAAGGAGCGAUACAAGAACCUCAAGGCGGACACACAACAGUCAGCAGAGAGCGAUCGUCACAACUAGCCUAAUUGCCUAAGAGGACGAGAACCCUCAUUCCCAUGUGCUGCCUCAUGAUGAUAAACCCCUCACUGAACUACCUGGUGAAACUUAAAACCCCAAAAAAACUUUCUCUUUGUCCACGUUCCCCACAAGGCCACAGUUUCCUCUGUACAAAAGUGAACACAAGUGAACAAUGAACACAAGAAGUCCUAUGAACAUCGACCUGGGCCACAAACGCGCACAUUAUCUGAAGAAGUUUUUAAGUGUUGGUGCCGUGCAAAGACAAAGUGUUUUGUUUUAUAUAUAAUAAAAGACGGAUUUUUAAGUGGUGUGACUAUUCUUUUGUGGAGGUGUGUGAGGUGAAGCAGAACCUCUGAUACCUCCCCCUCCCCAGUGAUUCAUAGACUGCUCUUAUCUCAGCCCUCCACACCUUCAGUCCUCACACUGGAAACCUCUGGGACUUUGCAAUAUGCAAGUGGGGCCGCCCUUAAGUGGAAGAAAAAGCAAAACGUAAUAACUGAGUAUCUUAUCAAUGGUGGCCCUGCAAUUCGCCCCCAAACAUGAGACCUUUUAUAACACAGUAAAUUAAGUCUGUUUACCUGUGAAAUAAUUUGUAUUUACAUGUUAGCUAUCACGUGUUUGCAGUGACAAACGACCAAUAAGAGUUAGUGAGAGCGUAUUUGUGCGUAUGAGCGUAUAACGAGGAUGGGGUUUAAUGCUACAAGUGGUUGACUAAAUAGAAGUGUACAUACAAGCGUCAUUUUUUUGUGUGUUUAAUGGAUGAUGAUGAAGUGCGUGAGUCGGGUGAAUGAAGGACUGGGUGUCAGAGAGGGAGUAAAGCAGGUGUAAACAGGUGUGUGAUGUAGGCAGGCUUGUGUAGAGUGCUCUCGUUCAGAAGCUGGACGCUCCUCCAUGUGGAAAUUCACAUUUUAUCCUCAGUCACAUUUAGUUUAAUCGGUGUUUGUAUAUUUUAUAAAUUAUUGGACAUUUUAAUGUGUUUAUUUAACUGUGUUAGAGCUAGUCUGAGUUUAAAUCUGGAUUUAUAGAAUUUAAACAAAAGUUUAUAUUAUGUCAAGUGCAAAGACUUGUGUAUAUAAUUAUUCUGUCAAAGAGUCGGCAAAAGAUCGCUUAACUUUUUUUUUAUGACAUAAAAUUAUUCGUAUGUUUGAUCUUUUUAAUGUCAUAAUCACUUGGACAAUAUUCGUGACAUUCCGUAACUAGUCUAGUGACACUAGGAGCAAUGUAAUUGGAUAGUCAAUUGGAUUAUAGCUGUCAAAGCUAAAAAAAAAAAAUGGCCCAAGAGUGCUGUAGUUGCUACUUUUGUCCAUUGUAUAAUGUAACCACGAAACAAAAAUAAAAAUCAUUGUUUACGAUAAACCUAAUUUGCUUUAUAUUUAAUGACUACACAUACAUUCAAUGGCUUUCAGUUUUAUUUUGAAAUCCCCAUUAAUGUACCUAAAACCUAACCUCAAUUACCAUAUGGCAAAUUACCGUUACAUUUUCAGCCUACGUCUGCUCCAAUGUCUUGUGUAAUGUGUAUGACUAAAAUGUACUCUUUUUAGAAAACGCCGUUUUUAACCAAUCUUUAAACAUACAUCAUAGAAACGCGUGUUGACUAAAUCUCAAACUUCAAUAGUGACCCGAAUGACAAACUACUAUUCAGCCUUUGUUUUAAUUUUGUAGAUGUUGUAACUUUUUAAUUUGUAUAUUUUGUGCAGUAUUUGUUAAAUUAUUCACGAAUAUAUGUUCUUGUAUAGCCAUUAUUCAUGUCCUCUUAGUUACAACCUGUGUGCCUCACCUUGCACGCCCACACACCUGACUUAAACUGUAUGUUAUAUAUUAGUUUCCUUUGGUUUUAUAGGACUUGGUGUCUGGUCAGAUGGUCAAAAGUUGUAUCCAAACGUUUUUAUGGAAGAUCUGUGUACAUAUUUAUAUAUUCAUAGAUGAAUAUAUAUAUAUUUAUCUGUCAUAGUUUCCUUUUUAUACCAGUACGUUGACGUACAGUGCAGCAAGCUGUACGUUGACGUACAGUGCAGCAAGCUGUACGUCUAGGCUUACUCUUCCUGUUCAGCCACAUUACCACCUGUUUCUCUACAUGUAGGUAAUUGGUAUACUGUGUGUAUGUAUGUGUGAAUGAAGUGUGCGUACAAACUUAUCAAACCAAAGAUUUCUUAUGUUCUUGAUUCCUUUGGCAAAACUCCCCAACAGAAUGAAAGGCAUAUGACGAAGCGUGUCAUUAAAGUCGUAUUAUAUAUUUUGAAUUAUAUGUAUAUUUAAUAAUCUUUGGGGCUGGAGGGGGGGGGUUUUGCCAAAAGAAGGAAGGUUUGCUUAUCGUGUACAUAAUAACUUGUAAAGCACCCUGUUGAUUUCCUCUAUUUGUAUAAAUGGAAUUUAGACGAUCUGAUUAUCCGUUCCCCCCACAUCAACGCCCGCAGACCCCCCUAACUCCCACCAUCAAUACCGCCACCAACCUGCAACUGCUGUUAUAUAUCAAUAAUCCCUCUUGCCAGAUGUUCUAUAGUGCAGCUGUUCUUUGCCACAAGUUCAUUCCCUAAUCCCGCUCACUGGCCCCU